AUUUAUUAUUUCACAAUUAUUACAACAACACAUAUUUUCCUUCAACACUACUGAACUUUUAACUUAUAUGAAGUUAUAUGCAGUUAUUAUUUUACUUUUACAAUAAGUCAUUUUCAUGUCCUUCUCUCUCCUCCUUUUGUGGUUUUGAACCUGGGUUUCUAGCCCUAAAGGUGUCGUAACCAGUCGUGCCAACACCGCCACAAAUAACUUUAAAUUUUAAGGCGUACGCCAUCAAAGUUAUCUUUACACUUGCAAGUAACUCGCUUGCGGCCGCGACCUUGGCGUGUAAAAGACGUUUUUGUUAGUGAUGAGCAUUCAAAUAGAUAAUUAAUUUAAAAAUAAUCAAAUUCAUUUAAAAAUUUAAUUGUUCUUGAUCUUAUUACAUAUGAUUGUUAAAUACAUAUUAAGGGGUUUUCCUAUUCACAUUCAGAACAAUCUGUUUGUUGAAAAGUUUUUUUUUAUACCACGACGGUGGCAAACAAGCAUACGGCCCGCCUGAUAGUAAGCAGUCACCGCAGCCUAUGGACGCCUUCAACUCCAGAGGUGUUACAUGCGCGUUGCCGACCCUAACAUAAUAGUUGCACAUAACAUAAUAUCUUGUCCUGUACAUUACUUAAUGACAAUUAAUUUUAUUGCCUCAGUUAUUUCUUGGCUUGUAUGUAAUGCAAUUUAUAAUGUAUUUAGCUCAAUGUUAAGCAAGCUGUAAGUGCUGGUGGCCUAGCGGUAAGAGCAUGCGACUUGCAAUCCGGAGAUCGCAGGUUCAAACUCCGUAUCGUACCAAGGAGUUUUUAGGAACUUAUGUACGAAAUAUCAUUUGAUAUUUACCAGUCGCUUUUGGGUGAAGGAAAACAUCGUGAGGAAACCGGACUAACCCCAAUAAGGCCUAGUUUACCCUCAAGGUUGGAAGGUCAGAUGGCAUUUGCUUUCGUAAAAACUAGUGCCUACGCCAAAUCUUGGGAUUAGUUGUCAAGCGGACCCCAGGGUCCCAUGAGCUGUGGCAAAAUGCCGGGACAACGCGAGAACUUUAAGCAGCAGUUUUUUAAAUAUUUCAUAAAUGGUACGGAACCCUUCAUGGGCGAGUCCGACUCGCACUUGGCCGCUUUUUUUUGUAUGGAGUUAGCGUUCUUCUCCUUGUUAGUGUUGUAUUCUUUGAGUGACAAUUAGUGUUAUUUUUUAAGUAAUUGGUUGAUAAAUAAAAUAAUCGAUUUCAAACUAUUACUUACAGUCGGAACUAUUUUUUCCUGUGACUUGACUCCAAAAAAACACCUGUUGCGUGGACAGAGCGCUUAGGUCCACCCAGACGCUCAAGGGCAUUGGGCCUACCUAUCGUCUUAAAUUUUUCUUUACCAGUAAAUGUACCUGUAUAAAUAUAAACAGAUAUUUGAACACCUGUAUUAAUAUAAAAGAGCUACAUUUUAAAUAGGUACGUAUUUAACAUACAGGACGAUAGCUUCAAAACUAUUUAGUCUGCAUUGAUAUCCCAAGUACUACUACGCAGGUAACAGAACGAUUUUAUUUUAUUGCGAUACUUAAGAUUUUACUAGCUAUUAUUAGCGAUUACGUCUGAAGAUAUACAUAAAAUGGCUCUUAUUGAAUCAGUGGCGUUUGCGGUCGUCAUAGGUGCCCUGUACUUUUAUUUCACCAGAACUUUUAAUUACUGGAAGGCUAGAAAUGUCCAAGGACCGAAGCCAGUACCAUUUUUUGGAAACAUAUUUGAAUCUGCUUUGCGCUAUGUGCAUCCUGGAAUUAUCACAAAACGAGUAUACGACAGCUACCCUACUGAGAAAGUUGUAGGAAUGUUUAGGAUGACAACUCCCUGCUUGUUGAUUCGUGAUCUCGAUAUUGUGAAACACGUUCUGAUCAAAGACUUUGAUUCUUUCGUGGAUCGCGGUAUUGAAUUCAGCGAUGAAGGAUUGGGAACAAAUCUAUUCCACGCUAACGGGGAAACUUGGCGAAAGCUAAGAAGUCGCUUCACGCCCAUGUUUACUAACCAAAAAUUGAAGAAUAUGAUGCACUUGAUUAAUGAUCGUGCAGAUAAGUUCAUUGACUACAUUAGUGAAAUAACACUUAAGAACCCAGAACAAGAUAUUUAUCCAUUGGUGAAGAAGUACACAAUGUCCACGAUGGCGGCAUGUUUCUUUGGUCUUGAUAUUGAUACUCUUCGCGGAGAUACACAAACUGUAAUGAGAAUCGACAAAGCCAUAUUUACGCCUACUUUUGCCAUAGAGUUCGAUAUGAUGUACCCUGGAUUACUAAAAAAAAUGAACAUGUCACUAUUUCCGAAAGAUAUCAAGAAAUUCUUUAAAAAUCUCGUCGAAACUAUAAUGACGCAAAGAAAUGGAGUGCCAUCAACUAGAAAAGAUUUUAUGGAUUUAAUUUUAGAAUAUAAAAACAAAAACGCCCUUGCAACUAUCAAUAGUGAUGCUAAAGUUGAAGAAUUAACAAAUGGUGAAAUAGAAGCGCAAGCGUUUGCAUUUUACGCAGCUGGAUAUGAUACUUCUGCUUCCACUCUGUGUUUCAUGUUAUACCAGCUGGCAUUGGAACCUGAAAUCCAGGAUCGAUUGAGGAAUGAAAUAGACACAUAUCUACAUAGACACGGCGACCAAAUAGAACUGGAUACCUUAAAUGAGUUGCCAUAUUUAGACCAAGUUUUGAAUGAGACACUUCGAAUGUACCCUAUUGAUGAUACUUUACUACGGAAAGCACAACAUCAUUACAAAUUUCCCGGCACUAACGUAGAAGUGUCUCAAGGACAAAUACUACUAAUACCAGCUUUAGGGAUUCACCAUGAUGAGAAGUACUAUCCAAAGCCUGAGAUAUUUAAUCCAGAAAAUUUCGCUCGAGAAAAUGUAACUGGCAGGCACCCGUGCUCAUUUCUGCCGUUUGGCCUUGGACCAAGGAAUUGCAUUGGAAUAAGAUUUGCGCAAACACAGAUCCGGGUAUGUGCCAUCAGACUGCUGUCGAAGUUCAGAAUAGAAGUUAGCAAGAAUACCGUCCGCUCCUUCUGCUUUGACCCAUACCGCAUUAAUAUUGCCCCAAACAAGAAACUCUACGUGAAUUUCUGCCCACGAAUGAAUCUUUGACCUGUGAUUAGGACAGAGUACCUAAUAGAAUUUCUAUUG